AAAGAAAGGAAACACAAAAGCAACCUUUUCGGUGUAGUUGUCAACGCGAGAGUUGCGAUAUCUCGCAUCUAUCGCAGCUCGGAAAUUCUCAUAUAUCAUAGCUGGAAAAGGACAUCGAUUGACAUCAAUGGAAAGUGACCAAAAAUUUCUGGUUUAGCUCUGGUUGGUUCUUCACCACUGCUUCCCUCUCGCCCCGAGUUCACUACAACUUCCAUCUUCUCACUCUCAAACCUUCAAACUCACCAUAUUCUGAAUUCGAACCGAUUUUGACUGAGUUGACUCGAUGGCUUCGAAUUCCGAUUUGGUGCGCACCAUUGAGUCGGUGCUCGGCGUUUCGCUCGGCGAUUCCGUUUCCGAUUCGUUGCUUCUCAUCGCGACCACUUCCGCCGCCGUUAUAAUCGGCCUUUUGGUGUUCCUGUGGAAGAAAUCUUCGGAUCGGAACAAGGAGGUGAAGCCGGUGAUCGUGCCGAAGUCGUUGGUGAAGGAUGAAGAUGAUGACGUUGACGUUGCCUCGGGUAAGACUAAGGUCACCGUUUUCUUUGGUACUCAAACCGGCACUGCUGAGGGAUUUGCUAAGGCAUUGGCUGAGGAGAUCAAGGCAAGGUAUGAAAAAGCAGCUGUCAAAGUUGUUGACCUGGAUGACUAUGCAAUGGAUGAUGAUCAGUAUGAGGAGAAGCUGAAGAAAGAGACUCUUGCAUUUUUCAUGCUGGCAACUUAUGGAGAUGGAGAGCCAACUGACAAUGCUGCAAGAUUCUACAAAUGGUUUACUGAGGGGAAAGAUGAGAGGGGCACCUGGCUUCAACAGCUCACGUAUGGAGUUUUUGGCCUAGGUAACAGACAAUAUGAACAUUUUAAUAAGAUAGGUAAAGUUGUUGAUGAAGAACUUAGUGAACAAGGUGCAAAGCGCCUUGUUCCUGUUGGACUAGGUGACGAUGAUCAAUCCAUUGAGGAUGAUUUUUCUGCCUGGAAAGAAACUCUGUGGCCUGAGCUGGAUCAUCUGCUUCGAGAUGAGGAUGAUACAAAUACUGUCUCUACUCCCUAUACAGCUGCUAUUCCCAAAUACCGAGUAGUGAUUCAUGAUCCCACUGUCACAUCAUCGUAUGAUAAUCACUUAAAUGUGGCAAAUGGGAAUGCUGUGUUUGAUAUUCAUCAUCCUUGCAGGGUGAAUGUUGCUGUUCAGAGGGAGCUUCACAAACCUGAGUCUGACCGUUCUUGCAUACAUUUGGAGUUUGAUAUAUCAGGGACUGGCAUAACAUAUGAAACUGGAGACCAUGUGGGUGUUUAUUCUGAGAAUUGUGAUGAAACUGUUGAAGAAGCUGGGAAAUUGUUGGGUCAGAAUUUAGAUCUGUUGUUUUCUCUUCACACUGAUAAUGAGGAUGGCACUUCCCUUGGUGGGUCUCUGCUGCCUCCUUUCCCUGGUCCUUGCACCCUGCGUGCUGCAUUAGCACACCAUGCUGAUCUCUUGAAUCCCCCACGCAAGGCUGCUUUAGUUGCCUUAGCUGCUCAUGCUUCUGAACCUAGUGAAGCAGAAAGAUUAAAGUUCCUCACAUCGCCUCAGGGAAAGGAUGAGUACUCCAAAUGGGUGGUUGGAAGCCAGAGAAGUCUCCUUGAGGUGAUGGCUGAGUUUCCAUCAGCAAAACCUCCCCUCGGUGUGUUUUUUGCUGCUGUAGCCCCUCGUUUACAGCCUCGAUAUUAUUCUAUUUCAUCCUCUCCAAGGUUUGCCCCACAAAGGGUACAUGUAACUUGCGCCUUGGUCUAUGGUCCAACUCCCACUGGUAGAAUUCACAAAGGAGUGUGUUCAACAUGGAUGAAGAAUGCUAUAUCCUUGGAGAAAAGCCGUGACUGUAGCUGGGCUCCUGUUUUUAUUAGACCCUCAAAUUUCAAGCUACCAGUUGAUCUUUCAAUUCCUAUUAUUAUGGUUGGACCUGGUACUGGUUUGGCACCUUUCAGGGGAUUUUUACAGGAAAGAUUUGCCCUCAAAGAGGAUGGUGUUCAACUUGGUCCUGCAUUACUUUUCUUUGGAUGUAGGAACCGUCGAAUGGAUUUUAUUUAUGAGGAUGAGCUAAAGAAUUUUGUGGAACAAGGUUCUCUGUCAGAGUUGAUAGUUGCAUUCUCUAGAGAGGGGCCUAAAAAGGAAUAUGUUCAACACAAGAUGAUGGAUAAAGCUGCACAACUGUGGAGCCUGAUUUCUCAUGGAGGUUAUCUUUACGUCUGUGGUGAUGCCAAGGGUAUGGCCAGAGAUGUUCAUCGAACUCUUCAUACCAUUGUCCAGCAGCAGGAAAAUGUGGAGUCAUCAAAAGCAGAGGCUAUGGUGAAAAAACUGCAGAUGGAUGGACGAUACCUUAGGGAUGUCUGGUGAUUUUUCUGAUUGUUCCUCUGUCUGGAUUGUAGUAUCCUUGUUAUUUGGUAUGCUAAAUUCAACAUUGGCUGAAGGAUAUUUUUGAGACAAGUCACUGCUUAGAUGGAAUUUUAGGACACUGACAGUGGAGGCUAAACAGGUUUCCUUGAGAAAUGAUUUUCUGGACAUCUAUCUUUUUCUUUUUUCUUCUGUAUCUUUAUAUUCUCUUAUUAUGAUAGGUUGGAUCUCUCCGAACUAGGAUUAUUUUUAGGGGACUUUGUUAUAGUUAGUCUCAGAGAUUGGUCAACAACACAUACAGGUUACAGUGGGUGGUCUUGUAUUAUUAUUGUAGGAAUUGAUAACGAAUAAUUGUUUUAUUAAUGAAGCAUGUAUUUUUUAAAAUACAGUGGAUGCUCAAUACUGUAUCUUUCUGUGUUGAGUACGAGUUUCUUUAAAAGUGAAAUACCUCAAUUUCUUGAU